UCUUAACCAAAGACAGGCCUAACCAAACCUUCAUCUUCUUUCAGAGAGAUAGAGGCGGUGAGUUUAGUUUCCUGAAAAAAAAAGAAAAGAAAAGGAGAUUCAGUAUAAAUGGUGGAUUUCGACGUUUUAAACCCUAGAUUUUAUUUAUCUCUCUUCGUUUACAUCUAAAAAAAUCAGUUUCUAUAGGUUUUUUUUUCUUCAGUUUCUGAUUCUAUCAACACACUGGGGAGAUCCAGUAACUGGAGUUGUACUGAUUGGAUUCUUUACUUUUCUGGAAUGGAGAUUGAUUCUUCUUAUCCUUCUACGGGUCUUGCUGGUCUCAGCCCUCGAGAUCGAAUUCUACUGAAAUUGAGUAGAAUUGGAGUACCAGAGGACAUAAUUGAACAAGGCGAACAAGGUUUGGUUGCUUAUUUGAAAGAAAACAAAUCUAAAUUGAAUGAUGUUGUGUUAUAUGGUGUGUUACCUAGUGAUGAGGAAGUCAUUGAGACGAUAGCGGUAUCCAAAAUUGAAAACGGAGAAGGUGAUGUGGUUAUGAAGAAAGGUCCUAAGUUGAAAGAACUAUUUAAAGAAUGUAUUCUUUGGUUAAGAUGGUUAAUGUUUGAAGACGAACCAGGGAAAUGUUUAGAGAAUUUGGGGAAAUUGAGUGUAGGUCAACGUGGGGUAUGCGGAGCUGUUUGGGGGCUUAAUGACAUUGCGUAUCGAUGCAAGACAUGUGAGAAUGAUCCGACUUGUGCGAUAUGUGUGACUUGUUUUCAAAAUGGGAAUCAUAAGGAUCAUGAUUAUAGUCUUAUGUAUACUGGUGGUGGGUGUUGUGAUUGUGGGGAUGAAACUGCAUGGAAGCAAAAUGGUUUUUGUUCGAAACAUAAAGGAGCUGAACAGAUACAACCUCUUCCUGAGGAGAUUGCAUGUACUGUUGGACCUGUGCUUGACGUGCUUCUUGGUUAUUGGGAAGAAAAGCUGUUAACUGCGCAAGCGGCAUAUCUUAGUAAAACGUUGAAGGGUGGUGAACAUGUGAAAGUUGAGCACAGUUUAACAUCCACUGUUGUGGAAAUGCUUCUUGAGUUUUGCAAGCACAGUGAGAGUCUUCUUAGUUUUAUCUCUAGAAGGAUCUUUUCAUCUGUUCCUUUGUUGGAUGUCUUGGUAAGGGCGGAGAGGUUUUUGAACAAGGGAGUAACGACAAAGCUACAUGAAUUGUUGUUGAAAUUAUUGGGAGAUCCUGUUUUCAAGUAUGAGUUCGCAAAAGUUUUUAUAAUGUACUAUCCUGAUACUAUAAAAGAGUCUAUCAAAGAGGGUAGCGAUUCUGUAUUGGAAAAGUAUAAGUUGGUUGCUACUUUUUCUGUGCAAAUUUUUACAGUGCCAACUUUGACACCUCGGCUAGUGAGAGAGAUGAAUCUUCUAGGCAUACUUUUUGGAUGCUUAGAAGACAUGUUUUCUUCUUGUGCUGGACAAGAAGGGCAUAUUCAGGUUAGUAAAUGGGCUAGUUCGUAUGAAACCACUGUUCGUCUAGUGGAAGAUACACGUUUCGUUUUGAACCAUACUGAUGUUGCCAAGUAUGUAACUCACGAGCAGCCCGAUAUCUCCAAAACUUGGAUGCGACUUUUGGCUUUUGUGCAAGGUAUGAAUCCCCAGAAGAGAGUAACAGGUCUUCAUGUGGAGGAAGAAAAUGAGAGUAUGCACAUUCCUUUCGUUCUAGGUCACUCAAUUGCGAAUAUUCAUUCUCUCCUAGUGAAUGGAGCAUUUUCAGUCAAUGAAAUGAACGGAAAUACUAGCAACUUACAAGAUAUGGAUGAGGAUGAUGGGGAUAGUCUCCUAAGACAUGCUAAAGUAGGAAGACUUUCCCAGCAAAGUUCUGUAUGUAGUACAUCAGGAAGAAGUGCAACGAUGGAUGCCACUUCACAGGGGGGCGAAGAAUGUUUUAAUAAUGGAAAUGGUGUAUCAGUUCCUUCUACUGUGACUUGGUUAACAUGUGAGUGUCUUCAAGCUAUUGAGAACUGGUUGGGAUUUAAUGCUUUACAAAUGGAAUCCCAUAGUUCUUUGUCUCAAGAUAUUAGUAGAGGAGCUGUUGCUAAUUUCUUAUCUUUGAAGAAAACAUUCUCUAGGAUAGCAAAGCCCAAAAGUAUCUCAAAGGUAAGCCGUUCAUCUUCAGCCAGAGGCAGAUUUGGCACUUCAAGUGAAAAUCUUGGCAGGCAUAAUUUUCUGUCCUCUUCGGGUUACAUUUCUGAUAAACGUGGCUAUAGCUUGGUGGGUACAAAAGAGACAGAUAUUUCUGCCCGAUCAAGUAGCUCUGGGCUGUCUAAUGAAGAUACCAUGGAAGCCGAAUGUUCAGGGUCAGACUCACUGGGAUUAUUGAGUUCGUCUGAUUGGCCAAAUAUAGCUUAUGAUGUUAGCUCACAAGAUAUUUCUGUUCAUAUUCCUCUGCAUCGAUUACUUUCAUUGCUCUUGCUGAAAGCGCUGAAAAAAAGUUAUGGAGAGACUGGAGGAUCAGAAUUUAGUAGCCCUAAUUCGGCUCGUCUUUUAUCAUCUGGACACGACCAGGACUUUUUUGGGCAGAUGCUACUUGGGUGGCAUCCAGUUGGAUUUUCUGCUUUCGUCAUGGAACAUCCUCUACGAAUAAAGGUAUUUUGCGCUCAGGUACGUGCUGGCAUGUGGCGGAAGAAUGGUGAUGUAGCUAUGUUUAGUUGCGAGUGGUAUCGAUCAGUCCGUUGGUCUGAACAAGGCUUAGAGCUAGAUAUAUUCUUGUUGCAAUGUUGUGCUGCAUUAGCACCACCGGACCUAUUUGUUAAAAGAAUUCUGGAGCGGUUUGGCUUAUCAAGCUACUUGUCUCUGAACCCUCAACAGUCAAAUGAGCAUGAGGCAGUCCUGGUGCAGGAAAUGCUUACUCUCAUAAUACAAAUAGUCAAAGAACGGCGUUUCUGUGGACUAUCAACAGCUGAAAGUUUGCGGAGGGAGUUGGUUUACAAGCUGGCAAUUGGAGAUGCUACUCGGAGUCAGCUUGUGAAAUCUCUUCCUCAGGAUCUUUCUAAAAAUGGUCAGCUUCAAACGAUUUUGGAUUCUGUAGCAGAUUAUUCCAAUCCCUCGGGGAUGAAGCAGGGUAAAUAUUCACUGCGUAAGUCAUGUUGGGAAGAACUUGAUUUGUAUCACCCACGGUGGAAUUCCAGGGAUUUACAAGUAGCCGAAGAAAGAUACAUGCGUUUCUGUAAGGUUUCUGCUUUGGCUGGUCAGUUACCUCGUUGGACGAAGGUCUUUUACCCUCUGAAUGGAAUUUCGAGAAUAGCUACUUCCAGAGCCUUGUUGGAAAUUAUCCGUGCAGUAUUGUAUUAUGCUUUAUUAAAGGAUAAACAGUCACAUGCGCGAGCUCCUGAUGUAGUUGUCCUUAUAGCUCUGCAUCUACUAUCGUUAGGUUUAGACAUCUGUUACGUGCAAAGGCAAAGCAGUGGCCAGGAAGAAGUUCCUCUUCCUUUGUUAGCUUUGGCGAGUGAAGAGAUUUCAGGUGGACCUUCUGUUGGUUCUGAUGCAGUGAAGCAAAAAACUUUGUUGUCUCUUCUAGUUUCGACGAUGAGAAUGUAUAAAAAUAUAACAUUUGAAGCAGGGCAGUGUGAUCUUUCUGCUUUGAUUGCAAAUAUAUUGAAAAAAUUCGCCGAUCUUAGUGUUUGCUGUGCGAUUGAAUUACAAAUAUUGGCACCAGAAGUGGUUCCUCAUAUGAUGUUGGAUCCUUCUCCAAAUAGUGAUUUUAGUAGCUCGAGCUCUGACGCUGAGGAGCGUAAAUUGAAAGCUAGAGCCAGACAAGCUGCUAUAAUGGAAAAGAUGAAAGCUGCUCAGUCCAAGUUUAUGGAAAGCCUUACACCCGAAGAAAAUGUUGAGGCCGAAGUUUGCAGUCAUUUCUCAGAGGAAUCAACACCAAUUGUUUGUUGCCUUUGUCGGGAUCCUGAUUCGAGAAGUCCCCUAUCUUUCCUAGUUUAUCUCCAGAAAUCCCGGCUUGCAAGUUUUGUGGAGAGAGUACCUCCGAUGUGGGGAAAAACAGACAAGAAUUGUCUUUCGGCCACGAUUGGUGAAAUCGCCGAACUACGUAAGCAUCAGCAAUCCGGUUUGGGGGCAACUUUGGCUUCCAAUAUAGAACAGUUGGUUCAGAAUGCGAUUAGCGAGUUCAGUCAUGAUGGGCUUCCUAUUGAAGUUGAAGGAAUGGUGGGAUUUAUCAAGGCACAACUCGAUUGUACUACCAAUGUCCAACGGCCAAGUACGUCAUAUGGUGCAAGCAUGGAUACCUUACCUUCUUCCAUUGAGAUGAUGGAGGUUGAUAUCUACCAGUCCGUUGUCAAAGAACUGCAGAAUGCUACAGAUGCUAAUCAGAAAUUUCUAACUGAACAUGAUAAAGAGGAUUUAACAGAAAACAGACAUGCACAAUGCACUCUCCUUGGGAAGUAUAUGGCCUCUCUUUCAAGACAGAAGUCAGAGAAAUCUCUAGCUUCCAAGAAUUCUCGUAGUGAUAAUGCAUUGUCAAAAAUCUCUGGGGGCCUUCCAGCAUAUGAUGGAUUUGGUCCAACAGACAGUGACGGGAUCCAUAUCUCUUCCUGUGGCCAUGCAGUGCAUCAUGAGUGUCGUAGCCGUUAUUUAUCAUCUUUAAGGGAAAGAUAUAUAAGGCGGAUGAUUUUUGAAGGAGGGUCUGUGGUUGAUCCAGAUCAGGGAGAAUUCCUGUGUCCUCUAUGCCGCAGACUUGCAAAUUCUGUGUUGCCUGCAGUUUCUAAUAAUUUUAGUAAUUUGAGAAAAGAGAUUUCAUCCACAAGCUCUGGUGCAGGACCAAUUAUAGGCUCUUUAAACUCAUCAGGAACUAAUGCUUUUCGCCUUUCCCUAUCCCUGACCCUCCUCCAAAGUACUAGCAAAACUAUUGGGGAGAGUAGAAUGCAUGUGAGCAGUUUGGAUCCAAACAGAAAAAUGCAACCGACUCUAGAUCCGAUCCUCAAUAUUCUUUGUAGAAUGUAUUAUCCCGACAAAGACAAACACGAGAAGUUCUUGGCAUCUGGGAGAGUGAGCCACUCUAUGGUUCUGUGGGACACCCUCAAGUACUCCCUCAUCUCAACAGAAAUCGCCGCUCGUGGUGUUAGAUCUGAUAUGUGCAGUGGAAGUAGAACAUCUACGUCUGGUCUUGAAGUGUUAUAUGGGGAACUAGAAUCUUCUUCGGGAUUUAUUUUGUCUCUGUUGCUUCAAGUUGUUCUAAACACUAGAAAUGAGAAUUUGCUUCAGGUGCUUCUUAGGUAUAGGGCUAUUAAUCUUUUUGCAGCCUCUAUCUGCUCUGGUGUUUCUUUGGAUAAUGAAAUUUCUCCCGCAGCAGUUAGUGGAAUAGGUGAUAUCUCAUCUGUCCUCAAACAUGUGGACAAAGGAGCUGUCUAUCCUGACACUCAGUUUUGGGGAAGAGCUGCAGAUCCUGUCCUUUCUCGUGAUCCUUUCUCAUCUUUGAUGUGGAUUCUCUUUUCUCUUCCAUCCCCAUUUCUGUCAUCCGAGGAUUGUUUCUUAUCUCUAGUUCAUCUCUUCUAUGCUGUCUCUGUAAUUCAGGUAUUGGUUACAUGCAUAGGAAAACAUCAAACCGUUACUGCGGAAUUAGGGCUUAGUGACUGCCUGAUCAGCGACUUAUGCAAGAAUGUAGAAGGAACUUCUGCCAAAUAUUAUUUUGUUUCUAAUUACAUGGAUGAAGCUUCUUGCCAGCCUAAAGAUAUUGUUCGCAGAAUGAGUUAUCCUUACUUGCGAAGAUGUGCUUUACUCUGGAAGUUGUUGAAAUCUUCUACACCAGAACCCUUUAGUGACAGAUCACAUGAGAGGAAUUGGGUAUCAUCAAAUUUGAACGACAGUGCAUUGGUCUCCUCGCUAAAUGACCUUCCUAUCGAGCUCAAGGAAGUUGAAGAACUUGAACAGAUGUUUCAAAUCCCUGACCUGGAUGUUGUUUUUAAAGACAAAAUAUUACGCACAUUAGGUUUGAAAUGGUUCAACCAUUUCUCUAGGGAGUUCGGCUCUCGCAAUUAUGGCCGUGUUUUCCACUCUACUCCCGCUGUGCCAUUUAGGUUGAUGCGCUUGCCUCUCAUAUACCAGGAUCUCCUCGAGAAGUAUAUUAAGCAAAAGUGCCCCGAGUGUGAAGCUGCUCAAGAUGAUCCCGCACUAUGCUUGCUGUGUGGUAGGAUCUGUUCCCCCUCUUGGAAGCCGUGCUGCAGGGAAAGUGGCUGCCAAUCUCAUGCAAUGGCAUGUGGUGCUGGAAUUGGAGUCUAUCUUUUGAUCAGGAGAACCACCAUCUUGCUGCAAAGAUCUGCACGUCAGGCACCUUGGCCUUCUCCUUACUUAGAUGCAUUUGGUGAAGAGGAUAUAGAAAUGCGUCGGGGAAAACCAUUGUUCUUGAAUGAGGAACGCUAUGCAACUUUGACCAAUAUGGUGGCUUCUCAUGGACUUGAUCGGAGUUCAGAUGUGCUACGUCAAACAACCAUUGAUGGUCUCUUCAUGAUGUAAACAAGUUGUCCAAAAGUAUAUCAAUUUUUAUGGAGUUGGCAGUCGAUAUUUUACUACACCAACGUGAUUAGAAGGAGAUGGAGACAACCUCAGAUUCAAAGUAAAUUUUGUUCAUACUUAGAAAUGGCCAGAGACGGCAGAUAUGAUGCAGUUGGGAAUUGGUACCAGUAUUUAGUUGCUGUGACUUUCAUUCAGGUUGUAUAUUCGAAAAUAGACCUAAACUGCAUUGGUUUAUUUUCACCUGUAAAUUGAGAUCUUUGCGUGGUUGAAGUCUCUGCUGCAUUUCCAUUCUUGCUCUCACUGGAGUGUGCAUGUACAGGUUCAGUUCCUAGACGGUCUUGGGUCUCUGUUGUGAUUUCUCUUGGAAGGGUUUUAUGCUUGUAUAUGAACUGCACAUCAUCCAUGGUAGACGUGCUAAUGCCUUUCUAUGAGAAUUGCUUUGGCUAGGCGUAAUUUGUAAAUAAAAUCUAGAGUUUUUCUUUACGUGGAAAAUACAGUAGAUACCGUCAGAAAUUUGAAACACUUGGUUGAUGGUCAUGAUGUUGAGUCUUUAUGGUGCUCAAUAAUCUGGAAAACUUCAGCCUUGGGUGCAGACUCUGGCAAUCCUCAUAGACUAGGAACAAGCUUCGUCCACUGUCCAGGUGCUUUGUGGAUUUUGGAGUUCCCUCCAUUUUCAACUUUUUUUUUUCUUUCAUGCUUCUCCCUUUUUAAAUUUGUAGCCUUUACUUGUCGUAACACUUUUUACCCAGAGGUUCUGGUGCAUUACUCAUUUAAAGCAGUUUUCAUUG